GAAGCUGCAGACGGCCUUCAAGAGAGAGAGGAAAAAAAAAUACUUUACCGGUUUGCUUCAAGAUGUGCAACACGACCUCCGCCGUCUGCAUUGGGAUUACUCUUCUGCUUGGCUGCGGAAUUGUCUUUGGAAGAAAACAGGAGUCGCCGUCUGCUCUCGGCAGCAUUUACCGAACAAGGUGCGCCGCCAGGUGCCUCAGCCUUCACAGCACGCGCAUCGCGAUCUCUCCUAGACGUUUUCAGAGCAAUGGAGCCCUGGGUUGGUGUCAAGGCCAUAAGCAAUGCACAAAGUGCCUGGCGCCAUGCAAAGAAUCCUGGGAACUGAAGGAUGGACCUUGUCAAGAGUUAUGUGAGCAUGCGUUCCCGAAGCGGCACAGCGAGUGUGUGACGAGCUGCGAGUUCCUGCGUUCGGUGGCAUCCACGAAGCAGGGCGAGUGUCCGUCGGCGGAGCGCGCCACGGGCUUCGCGGCUGCCUGUGUGGAGGGCUGCGCAGAGGACGCAGACUGCUCUGCCCACAAGAAGUGCUGCCCCAAUGGCUGUGGGCACACCUGCCAGACGCCCAGGAACCUCUACCGAGGCGCACCGCUCAAGCCCAGGAAGGAGCUGGCAUUUGAGGAGAUGCCGUCCGGCGCCUUGGCGGUGCACUGGUCCUCCAGGUUCAACGUGUCUGCCGAGCCUGUGCUGCAUGUGCUCCAGAGCAGAUGGAACUAUGGCAUCCACCCCAGCGAGGAUGACGCUACUGCGUGGAGGGUGGUGGCACAGACAUCAGAGGAGCGUGUGUGGCUGUCUGACAUUCGACCCGGCCGCUGGUAUCAGUUCCGAGUGGCUGCAGUCAACGUGCAUGGCACCAGGGGAUUCACCACCCCUAGUAGACACUUCAGAUCCUCAAAAGAUCCAUCCCCACCUCCAACCCCCUCUGACCUGCGGGUGAGUGACGUGGCCUUUGGCUCGGACCAGUCAGGGUCCGUCCGUGUGAGCUGGGCGGCUCCGGCUGACCCAGACAUCCCAGUGCAACACUACAAACUGGCCUGGAGUGGGACACUUAAUGAGGGAGAGCUCACCGUGCCUCCUAAACUCAAGAGCAGGAAGACUGUCAGUGGGGACUCGGACUCGGUCGAGCUGGAGGGCUUGAGGGAGAACAGGAGCUACAGUGUGGAGCUGCAGGCCGUGUCAUACUGGGGGCAGCUCCCUCUGAAGAGCAGCAAGACCAGAGUGCGCUUCUCCACGCACCGCCAAGAAACCCAGUCCGAAGCCAAGGGCAGCUCUGUGCCUGAGAAGCCCCAGUCGGACAUCCUGGAUGUGGGCACACCAUUCUACCAAGAUGGUCAGCUCCAGGUUCGAGUCUACUGGAAGAAGUGGGAACUGAAUGUGAAUGGUUUCCGUGUGCAGUGGUUCCCAGAGAUCUGCUCUCAUAAUAGAACCAGAGCCCAGGAGAAACUCAUCACCCAGGAGAAUUAUGCCACCCUGCCUGGUCUCCAGUUCUCCUGCAAGUACAAAGUCACCCUCCAGCCCACUGGGUCCAAGGGGCGAAUGCAGGCAGAGAGCACCGCCUUCUACACCCCGGCCUGCUCUGCCGUCCAGGUCAAGAGCCCCAAACCCAUCCCCUGCCCUGGACAGCCAGCAGCUGUUGCCCCAAAAGUCCAGGCCAGGGCUACGAACCUCACUGCUGCCUUCUCCGUACAGAAGGGCAAUGUGACAGGCCUGUUCUCCUGGGUGGUGGCCACACCGCGACCCCCUCCGCAGGUAACAGGCUACCAGGUGACCUGGGCAGAGGUUGCCGCCGAGAGCUGCGGAAACAACCUGCCCAACUGCCUCAUCUCCCAGUCUCAGAUCCUGCCUCCCGAGAGGAAUGUUCUUGUAGUCUCUGGCUUGCAACGGUCAUCGCUCUACAGGCUGGAGGUGGGGGUGAUCACUGCUGAAGGCCAAGGACCAACAACUUCCAAAACCUUCCAGACCCCAGGCCAAGCCAGGCCAGUCCUACAAUACAAACCCAAGGUGAAAAAACACCAUUUGAGGUCAGUUAUAGAGCAGCACUGAAACCUGCACCAAAAUAACUCAUCUAGAACCCGAAGCCAGCUCCUCAGAAACAUGAAGAACCGAGAUAACCAAAGAAGACAGAACAGAGAAGAUUACCAUUCCCCCGUGUGUGGAUCAGAACCCUCAGAAAUGUCUGGCUCUGGAAGAGUGAAGAAUGCAAAUGUGAAAACGAUUACUGAAAGAAAUGUGGUCCCACAAGUUCCCAGUGAGGGAUCUUCAUCCACUAGAGAGUCAGGCAAGGAGAACUUGGACAUCAGUAGUGAAAACAAACAAAAAAACUAAAAGCUGUAAUCAUAAAGAAUGGACAUGAUAGAAUAACCUGAGUGAGUUUUGCAUUGUCUUGGGGGGCCUCACAUCCCCUUUCUUUGAAUGGCACUUAAUCAACAAAGGAAAUUGACUGUUAUCCUCCACCCCAGUAUAACUUUUUGUGUUUAGAAAAAAUAUAUAUAUAAAGGAAACAAAGAUUCUGUAAGUCCUGUGUGUCGCAUGUGGUGAGGCAUUAUGCUUUGACCCAUAAAUAAAGUGGACAGGUGCCGUGUGGUUGCCUGCAAUGCUGCAUGCGUCCUCUUGCUGUGAUCAUCAUGGAUGCACUAUAGCUGCAGGUCAGCUCUGCCCCACUCAUCCUCCUCUUUCUGCUCUGUAACUAGCCACAAGUCGCAUUCGCUAUAUGUCUGCUGUCAAGUACAAGUGACACUUUCAUUUAGGUUUUUGUUUCCUGUGCACUUCUUAUGCUGUAGAAUUACUUGUUGCUAUGCGGUCAUGUACUUCCUGUAUAUACUCUGUUCUUAUUUAUUUGUGUAUGCACUACAACUGUGUAAUGUUGGUGUGCAGGUGUGUGUGUGUGUGUGUGUGUGUGAGAGCGUGUGUGUGAGGAUUGUGUCUUCUCUUAGAAUCUCCCUCAUGAACUGUGCACCCUUUUAAGGGCAUUUUGUAUAAAAUAGAUUUGUAAAUUCCCACGGUUUAUGAAAAGUGUGAUGUACAUAUUUUUAUUAUUAAAAAAUGCUCACACCCCUUUUUGUUGUGGUUUAUAUGAUGUUGCGUAUGUUCAGCAUGGCACAAACAAUUCUAUAAAAUGUCUGAUUGGCAACAUUUAAUGGUAACUUUCCAUACACCUGGAAUCCAUAAUGCACUACAACUGGGUUCUAACUCGACACACAGCAAUAUUGCAUUCUUUCUGACAAAGGCAAGGCAUAUUUCCCAGCCAAGCAAAAAU